CAGGGCGGGCCACGCCCACUGAGCCGAGGAACGCGGAAGCUGCGGUGCACGAGCAGGGACGCAGCGCCCAGGACGGAACAGAACUGCGGUUCCGACCCAGGACGCGCCGGGCGUGUGACUGUGGCGCUGCUCAUGACGAGUCGACACGAAAGACGGGGCGCAAAUACCUGCGCUGACGUCAGCAGGUGCGCUGAGGAGGGCGUGGUCUGAGGGGUUCGACUGGUCUGGUCAGCCGGAUUCCUGCGGGCCGGCCGCUGAUUGGCCGCCCGCCCGCCAGCGUCCAAUCGAAGAGCCUCACUCCCGGACACGGAAGCAAUCAUGGCGAACGCGGUGGUCGCGGCGGAGGCCAGCGUCCCGGUACCGGCGCCCCACAUGACCCCGACCUGGCGCGAGCGCGGGGCGGGAGCCUGGAGGAGCCACGUGGUCCACCAGCUGAAGCUCCGUGACGCCGCGCAGCGCGACACGUUUCGGGAUCUGAUCCGGUUCUGUGAGUCCAGUUUCCAGUUCAGACACUGGUCUCCUGGAGAGAAGCGCUCUGACCAAUGGCCGUGCGAGCAGCUGGCGAGCGUCAGCACAGAGCUCCGCCUCUUCGCUGCUGGUCCAGAAGCAGCAGCUGACGAAGACCACAGGAGAUUUGGCCUUCCAGGUGGUUCAGAUGCAGCGAAGCGUCAGAUCCAAGGAGCGGCUUGUGGAGGAGCAGCGAGACAGGUGGCUCUAGCCGGCCGGACCCCCCCCUACGCCCGUCUCACUGCCCGUCUCACCCCGCAGGCUGCAGCGGCAGCAGCUGCAGCUGGACGCUGCGGCGGCCUCGCGCCUGCAGCUGCAGCGGCGAGUCCACCUCCUGCAGCAGCUCAACCUCUCGCUCAAGUCCCAGUACGACGUGCUGCUCCAGUGCCGGCGCCAGACCGAGUCCAGUCUGCAGCAGCAGAAGCAUGCCGCAGUCUCCAGGUCCGGUGGCAGAGCCAGACCACCCGUGUCUGGUCAGGUGAGUCUGUGGCCCGUCCCAGGCCCAGGCCCCGUCUGCUGACCGCCUGCCCUUCCAGGUCAGCGUCGGCCCGAUCAAGCCGCUUCCUGCUGACCCUCAGAGAGCUGUUCCGGAAGAGGCGUGGCCACUCGCUCAGCAGUUUGGACCAGGACCUGUGGCGCCCCCUGCCGGGAGGCCUGGCCAGGGUUCCGGCUCGAGCGCUCCACGUCCUGGAGGCCCACGAGCAAGGCAUCAACGCGGUCCGCUUCUGCGCGGGCUCCGCCAUGCUGGCCACCGGUGGGACGGACCGGGUGGUCAGAGUCUGGGAGGUCUCGGCAGGCUGGCUGAGCCACAGACGGACCCUGGAGGGCAGCACGGACGGCAUCACCUGCGUGGACUUCGACCCCGCGGGCUGGAGGGUGCUGGCAGCUUCCUACGACAAGUCGGCGCUGCUGUGGCGUCUGGACGACUCUGCUCCGCAGCUCACGCUCACCGGUCACAGCCGCAAAGUCACCAGCGCCAGGUUCAGCUCUCUCCACCAAGUGGCGACAGGCAGCGCUGACGGAACCGUCCGGCUGUGGGACCUGCACCGGGCCGCCUGUGUGCAGGUGGCCGACGCAGCGUCCUGUUGCAGCGACCUGCUGUGUUGCGACCGCAGCUUCAUCAGCGGACACUUCGACGGGCGCGUCCGAGUGUGGGACCACAGGAUGUCGACUGUCGCGCAGCAGUUUCCCGCUCUGGGCAAAGUCACGUCUCUGGACGUGACGCCCGACCACCGGCAGCUGCUGAGCUGUUGCCGCGACGACUGUCUCCAGCUGACCGACCUGAGGAUGCAGAAGCCGAGCUCCGCCUGCUUCAGAGCCGAAGGCUUCUCCUGCGGCGGCGACUGCACCCGGGCGGUUCUCAGCCCAGACGGACGCUUCGCGGCGGCCGGCUCGGCAGAUGGCGCUGUCUACGUGUGGAGCGUGUCCCGCGGCGGCCUGGAGACCCGCCUGCCGGACGGACACAGGUCCGCAGUCAACGCCGUGUCCUGGUCCGUGUCCGGCGAGUUCGUGGUGAGCGUGGACAAGAGCCGCCAGGCCGUCCUCUGGAGCCACGUGUGAGGAGCCCCACCUUGGGCCCGUCUGCAGCCUCGCUGUGACUGGACCCGCCCCGGGGCCUUCGUUGCCUCAUUUCUGUCACUUUUAACGUCUGUUUGCUGCAUGAAUAAAGUGCUGAGCUCCUCACUCCCGCAACCUUGUUUCCGACGCUCAGCCUGACCUUGACUGCAGCUCUCCCCAUCACCACCAGAGGGCAGGGCAGCUUCAGUAGGGCGAGGCCCCCGCCUCCCGAGCGCUUCCUGAGAGAGAGAGAGAG